AUGGGAGGAGCAGAGUGCCUCCUACUGACCGUCAUGCCUUAUGACAGGUACAUGGCCAUCUGCAAACCUUUACACUAUCCAGUUCUCAUGAGCAGGAGGGUAUGUGUGGCCAUGUCGGGUGGAGUCUGGUUUGGGGCGAUUCUUCAUUCAAUCGUGCACAUUUUUUGUGUAUUCCAGCUGCCUUUCUGUAAGUCUAAUAGAGUGAAUCAGUUCUUCUGCACAGUCCAAGCUCUGCUGAAAUUAUCUUGUUCUGAAACAUCCACCUAUGAAAAUUGGUUAUUCCUAACUGGCAGUAUAUUACUCUUGGGUCCCUUCUCCAUCAUCCUUGCUUCCUACAUCUCUAUCCUUUUGACAGUCCUGGGAAUGCAAUCAGUGGAAGGAAGGCAAAAAGCAUUUCAUACAUGUCUUUCCCACCUCUGUGUGGUGGGGCUCUUCUAUGGGGCAGCAAGUUUUAAAUAUAUGAGACCCCGGUCUUACCGAACACCAGAACAGGAUAAAGUGGCUUCUUUGUUCUGUGACAUUGUGACUCCCAUGCUAAAUCCCUUGAUAUACAGUUUGAGGAACCGUGAUGUGCUACUAGAACUGAGAAAGCACAUUAAGAAAUGCAAGUUGCAUAUCUAA